AUGGUUUUGUUGUUUCACACAAGAACAAGAUCAAGAUCAGCAGCAGGAUCAUCAAAACUCCCACCUAGUCCACCUGCAGCUCGUCCAUUCUUUGGCCACCUCCAUCUCCUGGAAAAUCCCUUACAUAGAAUCCUUCACAAGAUCUCGCUCAAACAUGGUCCAAUCUUCUCCCUCCGCCUCGGUUCCCGCCUUGCUGUUGUAGCAUCAUCCCCAGCCGCGGUCGAGGAAUGCUUCACCAAGAACGAUGCCAUUUUUGCUAAACGUCCUCAUUCCACCCUGCACAAGCCCUUGGGCUACAAUUAUACUGCCAUUGUUUCAGCCUCCUACUCUGAUCACUGGCACAAUCUUCGUCGCUUGUGUUCAGUUGAAAUUUUCUCCCCUGCUUGCCUCAACAGGUGUCUUCCCAUUCGAGAAGAAGUCAAGCGUUUACUGUCUAGUCUCUAUAAGAUGUCGUCAUCCUGUUGCGGCGGCUUUACUUUUACCAAAGUUCAAUUAAGAUCCAAAGUCCAUGAGCUGACUUUUAAUAACAUAACCAGAAUGGUGGCAGCAAAAAGGUACUAUGGCAAAGUAGGCAUCCCUAAACCCUUUUUUUUUUUUUUUCUGUUGAAAUAG